AUUGACACGUGGUGGGCGUGACCAAACAUUCCCAUCAGAGGCCCCAUAUAGCACACGUGGGCUACUAGUGACCCGUGAGUUCAAAGUGCAAGCACCAGAUUUCUCUACAACGCUUGGUCCUGGCAGCCGACGACCAAUUCCUCCGCCGAUAGCACGCAAACAUGGCUGCCAAGGAGAGUGAGACGGAGUUUUACUGGGGUUCGGGAAGUUUCCCUUGCUGGCGAGCGAUGCUGUGUCUGGAGGAGAAGAAGGUGAAAUACCAGAGUCACCUGCUGUCCAUGGACAAGAAGGAACACAAGACGGAGGAAAUGCUCAAACUCAACCCUCGUGGCCAACUUCCUAUCUUCAAGCAUGGUCAGGUUAUCAUCAACGAAUCUGUGGGGAUCUGCCAGUAUGUUGAGAGUGCCUUCAAAGGUCAAGGGACCCAGUUGAUGCCUGAGGAGCUAUCCCAGCAGGCUGCAGUCUUGCAACGUAGCCUGGAGGCGGAGAAUGUGCGGCAGAAAAUGGUGCUGGACACCCUGAUGUACAUGUGGACAACCAAACCUGAGGACAUCAACCAGGAUCUCUUGAAGCAGAAGAAGCAAAAUCUUGCCCAGGAGGUUAAGUACUGGGAGGGACACCUUGCCAAGCAAGGACCUGGGUCACACAUUGCUGGGAAGGACUUCAGCGUUGCUGAUGCCACGUUCUGGCCUUCCCUCGCCUUCCUGGUGAGACUGGGCCUCCCCAUCCAGUCAUGCUGCCCAAACCUGGCCAAGUACUAUGAAAUGGUGAAGCAGCGUCCAUCUGUUCAGGAGACCUGGCCGCCCCACUGGAAGAAGGCACCUGGUCCAGAUUACUUCAAAGACUUGUUUUAAAGAUGAUGUUUAGUUUCUUUAAGGGGGCUUUGUAUGUGUACUUUGAGGGUGAGUCUUUGAUACUACAUGCAGUAUGUUCAAGUCAACAGUCACUUAGAAUACUAGUGUUUAACUGUAUUUUAAGAAUGCAAUUUAACAAUGCAGCUUCUCUUUGUCACGUGCAAUACUGAACCUAAAAGAUACAUAUUUUGUCAACCUAAAUGCCUUACAGGAAGUAUUGUCUGCACAUUGCUGUAUUGAAAUGUUCAUCAUAAAGCAAUAAAAGAUCUAGAAUUUACCCUGGAUUUUAUUACUAAUAUUUUUACACAGAAAUCAUAAAAUUUUACCCAUACAA